AAGCGGACCAGUGAACAGUUAACAGUGGCCAGUCAUUUCUCUCCUCCUCCUCCCACUGGUCCACAGCGAUAUAAACAUUCCUGCAGAGACCUCAGUGUCCAACUCUGCAUCCUCUCACUCCUUAAUCUAGUUCUCAACAACUUCAAUUGAAGAACCAUGGCACAGACCGAGGCGAAAACCUUCAGUGACGUUGUGGAGCUGAACGUGGGUGGACAGGUCUACGUGACCCGGCUGGAGACUUUGAGAGCGGUGCCAAACUCCUUACUUUGGACCAAGUUUACGCAGAGCUCCCCGGGCGACCUGCCAAAAGACAGCAAGGGCCGCUUCUUCUUCGACCGCGACGGUUUUCUGUUCCGCUACAUUUUGGAUUACUUGCGCGACUCUGACCUUAUUCUGCCAGAGUUUUUCAAAGAACGGAGGAGACUGCUGAAAGAAGCGGACUAUUACCAGUUGCCAGCGCUGUCUAGGCUCCUUGAUACAACCAGUAAGGAUAACUCAUCCGCAGAGGACAGUGGGGAGGCCGAGGAGUCAGAGCUCAGUCCAGUCACUUCAUCCUCGGACAGAGGGUCACGCUCCCCGGGGGCCUGCGCCGGAUACAUCACUGUUGGAUACAGGGGCAGCUACACCAUCGGAAGAGACAUCCAGGCCGACGCCAAGUUCCGCAGAGUAGCUAGAAUAACCGUAUGCAGCAAGAUCUCCCUGGCCAAAGAAGUGUUUGGUGACACGCUGAAUGAGAGCCGAGACCCCGAUCGCCCUCCUGAUAGGUACACGUCCAGGUACUACCUCAAGUACAACUUUCUGGAGCAGGCCUUUGACAGGUUGGCGGAGGCGGGCUUCCACAUGGUGGCAUGUAACUCCACCGGGACCUGUUCGUACGGCAGCAACGACCCCGGGGAGGACAAACUGUGGACCAGUUACACAGAGUAUGUUUUCAGCCGAUGAAAUGUGUAAAAUGUGUAGUGCGUAAAAGUGCGCAUAAAAUAUGGGCAUAGUUUAACACAUCAUUUUUAAAGAAUCAGCUCUAUUAGCACUGACAGCAGAUGCGUUUUCCGUGUUUUGUAGUUGCAUACUUGGACAUGAAGUUCUCUUUUAGUUUACUUCCUCAUUUCUAAACGAGGACUCAUCCCGCACACAAGCUCUGGUUGACGUUCAGGGCGAGCGGGGUCAGUUCUGUUUGCGCGGCUCUGUCACUGUGUUUUACUGCCGUGUUGGCUUCCUGCUUUAUGGCUUUAUUUCUUUCACUACGACUUAACUGUGGAUGGCAGGGACGACAUUAUCAUGUUUGAGUCUUCUUUAUGACAUUUGCACGGUAAAUAUUUCCUUAUCAUAAAUCAUGUCAGGAGGAUAGGGCCGUAUUAUUAUACGGUGGUAUAUUAUAAAUUCUGAAUGGUGAAAUGUCAUCAAAAUGUCGCAUAUAUAAAUAGGAAGUUGAAACCCAUCAAUAGCCAGAUGUCUUAAUGUUCCUCUUGAGCUUUAACUAUGCAUCAACAUUUACUGAAAAAGCACAUACCACCAGAAUUUUGUAUGUUAUGUCAUGAAAUUUCAGUUUGAUGAAAAUCAAAAUUAUUCAAAUAAAGUUCACACUGAUGCAUUA